UCGUUGCCGAGCCUGCGCGUACUAUUCAUUUGCACAGUACCGAGGACUGGAUGACACAGAGCCUGUACUUCUAGGCCAUAGACAUCGCCAGUUCCGCCUCAACACAACACUGCGAACUUUCGCUCUGAACAAUUUGCUGAAAGAGCGCGAAAAUGGGAGGGAGCGCUCCUCCAUGGUUCUCUGCGGACUACCCGGACCUCGCGGCUAAACGCGAGCCUUUCCCUGGUGUUGAACGGUAUCAGACAUCCUACGUCCGCUAUGGGCAGGCGGAGGAGGCUAUGCCAGGCGCAUGGGAGGCUGAGAUGUGCAGGCGCACCAUGGCGGAAAACGGCCAGGACCUGCACGCCUUUUAUGCGCCUGGCAGCCUACCCGAGACAAUCUCGCUGCGCAUUAUUGAGGCGCCCGCCGAGUUUGCCCUGCCCGUCAAGCAGGACAGGCGCCUUUUCCCAUGCUUCAAAGUCCGCGUCGAAGCGAAGCACCGCGGACCCUUUUCGCUGCCGUUGACGCUGCGGGCGCACGUCCUGACACAGCAGGACAAGGAGCACAUCGGCACUUGGGUCCCGCCCGAGGAGGACCCGAACCUCGACGACAAGGGGCAGCAGAGGUCCGGCACGGAGCUUAAGGGCCUAUCCUGCAUUCGCCACACGUGGGAGCCCAACGCCCGGCCGCACGGGUUUGCCCAGGAGAUGAAGAAGUACCAGCAGCAGCCGAUGCCAAUGGCGCCGCCGCUUCCCUUAGUGAAGCCCGAGCCCAGCAGCAGCUCCUUCAACGGCGCGAUGGGGCCGGUGGGCAUGGCCGGCCGGGCGCAGGCGCUGGCUGAUUCGUACGGUAUGGUGGAUUCACCAAGCCUCUCCGGCGCGCCGGGCGCGCCGGGCGGCGGCCGCAACAUGUCCAACCUGUUCGGCGGCGACCGGCCCGACCCGGUGGUGACGCUGGCGUCCAGCGCGCCGUUGGGCAGCGCCGGCGCCGGCCGUGACUCGCUGGAGGCCGUAAUGGAGAGCCUUAUCAACGCCGGGCCGCUGAGCAACCCCGGCACCGGGGGCGGCGUGGACGGUGUGGGCUCGGAGACUGGCAGCGGCAAGCUGGUGAACCACAUGCGCGCGCUGCAGGCGCAGCAGCAGGCAGCCCUGGCGGCAGAGCAGCAGGCGGCGGCCCAGGCGGCAGCACUGCAGGCAACGCUGCAGGCGCAGCGGGCGGCGCAACAGGAUGUGGGUGGUGUGGACCGCCGUGCCAGCACGGUGCCGGGCAACGGCGCUGCGCAGGCGGCCAACGCCGAGUCGCGCGGCUUCAUCUCCUUCCAGGACUACGAGUUCACCAACCUGGAGUUCCUGAAGCCCACCCGCAUGAACAAGGUGUUCAUGGUCUUCACCAUCAACAUCGCCGGCCUGGACGACCUCAUCUACGUCGCCUUCAACGUGCCCACUAUCGGCAUCUGCCGCGCUGAGCAGCGCGAGAAGGCCUGCAAGAAGCUUAACAUUGACUUCAAGCUGCUGUCGCACUUCGACCACGCCGGCAACAACAGCAACAACAACCACAACAACAACAAUAACAACAACAACGGCGGCAUGCACAGCGAUAUGAGCAAAUCGCUGGCGCUCCGCACCAACGGCCCGCUCGGCAGCGCGCUGGGCGGGCUGCCAGGCGUGGGUCCACAGAGUGCGCUGCCGGCGGUGGCAGGGGGCGGCGGCGGGCUGUCUGUGUCUAGGCUGAACGGCGGGUCCCACAGCGCAGGCAGCGCAGGCGACGGCAGCGGCGAGGGCAGCGGCAGCGCCAGUGGUGAGGCGAAGGCCACUGGUCUCGCGCUGCACGAAGUGGGCAUGGCGCAGUACGCCACCAGCCAGCUGCAGACAGCGCCGGGCCAGCAGCAGCAGAUGCUGCAGCAAAUGAACGCUUUGAAGCAGCAGCAGCAGCAGGCCUACGGCGCGGCGCAGCAGGAUGUCUCCUACCAGCUGCAGCAGCAGCGCAUGGUUUUGGCGGCUGCGCAGCAACAGCAGCAGCAACAGGGCCUGGCCAACGGCCUGGUUCAAGGCGCGCCCGGCUCAGGCGCUGGCAACGGCCUCGGCCCCACAGCCGAAUUCUACAUGGCGGCGAACGGCUCGCUGCCGCCGCCGCAGAGCAGCACCGCGGGCUUAGGCAUGGACGGUGCCAUGGCCGCCACCCGCAAGCGCGACCAGGGGCCGAAGGAGGAGGAGAACUGCCGCUUCCAGCCGGUGCAGCAGUCCGACCUGCCGCCUUACACCGCCUUUGCCGGCCUGACCAGCAGCGACGUGGACAUGCUGCUGCCGGCGCCACACAGCCGCAUGGCCAUGCGCGACUUCAUCAACGACGUGUACGAGUCCACUGGCCUGCACCGCAAGCUGACCCACAUGGACAUGCAGGCGCUGCUCAGCCAGGCGGGCUUCCCGUCAGAGUCCAUGCGCGAGCACGACACCAUCUCGCAGCAGCAAUGGGACGAGUUCUGCGCUCAGUUCCGCAACAUCGUGGGCACGCUGCAGCAGGUGGCGAGCGUGUGGAACAUGGAGGACCCGGUGGUGAUUAGCGGCUUCGACAUGGACCGCGCCGGCACCAUCAACGCGCUGGUCAACGAGCCCGCCGGCACCUUCAUCUGCCGCUUCAGCAUGAGCCAGCCCGGCUGCCUGGUGCUCACCUGCAAGGUGGGGCCCACGCACCCGCGCGCGGAUGCCAUGGGCCUGGUGCACGCCAUCAUCAAGAUUGAUGACCUGCACGAGCGGCGUGUGGACACGUGGAUUCGCGACUACGCCGGCGCCACGCACCUGCUGGACGUGUACCGCUGCAAGCGCGUGGACAAGCGUAAGGUGUUCGCCACCAACUACACCCGCCUGCGCGGCCUGGAGGCGGGUGACGUGCCGCCGCAGCCGCCCUUCGCCAUGACACCUGGCGGCUUUAUGUGAGCGCGCCAGCACCUGCGUAUCUGAUGUAUGAUAGCAGCAGACGCCAGGCGCGCGUGUGUACAUGAGGCCCCCGAGGGACGCGGGCCGGCUUGAAGCAGGCAUAGGCAUUGGCUUAAAUCGUAUCGCGCAUGGGCACAGUUUCGACGGCGGUGGCAUUGUACGCGUUAUUGGCGCCAGAAGGGGGGAUGAGUUGGGUUUUUGCAUGGGGGCGACGUAUUCUUUGGGCUCGGGGGUGUCUACUUGCUGAUUUGGGGUAUGCCAUGGCGAGAGUCCUGUUUUUGUAUUUUGGAUGUGUCCUGCAUCAGUAUCCAUCUUUCUGUGUGGCAUGCGGAAAUAGCUUGUUAUCCGGUGGGUGUCAUGAACAAUGCGUUACACCGCAGUGAACAGGAAGGUUGUGCGUGUGUGAGCCCAGUAGGCUUUUACAGACUGGGAACUCGCAACUCACAUGUAGUCACGGUGGUGUGUCGCACAUGUCCAUUGCCGCUCCUGCGUAUGCUCUUGUCGGGCUGAGGCCCCCGACGAAGCGAUUCAGGCGCGGCAAAGCCCCCCAGGACCACCAUCCGUGCAUGCGUGUGUCCGUCCUCGACCCCGGCUAUGUCCGGGAGAUGAGGUAGUUUCGAAACCUUCGGCCUCAGACAUGUGCACCAACGUGGCGUGGGCGCAGCCCGCCUUUCCCUUGAGAGGGAGAGCCACUUUCCUAGUCGGCUGGGCAUCAAUUUUUAUUGCGGUAUUGCCCAUCAUGACGCCAAGUGUUCAUGUUGCACAUGUGGUCGUCCGAUGCUGGGUGCCGGACGGCCACUAAGAGCAUGGCAUCUGAAGGCGCAAAGCCAAGGCUUUAGCUAGUAAGGAAAGCAUGGAGGUGGAACAAAUGGGUCUCAAUUUCUUGCGAGUGGUUGCGCCAGGAUUACCUAUACGGAUUUCUACAUAUGUAUGCGAGGCUGUGCGGGCGAAGGGGGAAGGGCUGGGCAUGCAGCAACGGGUGCGCUUACAGCGGCUGCUGCGUGCGGAAGGCUAUAGGUGCACAGCUAAACCGUGUGUUUGGGCUGUACUGGGCGGUGGAGCUCGCGGUAUAAAAACGAACCCAUAUGACACUGCCUAAUCUGGGCUGGAACAGACUUGGACGGAAAGAAAGCUUUGGCGCCGGCGGUUGUGUGUGAAGAAGCGCCUGGGGUCGGCCUCGUGACGUAAGGCGCCUGCAUGGUAAUAGCGCGGGUGAUAACCGCGAAUGGCGGCUGUGCAUCAUAUGGAGGUCAUUUUCACUUUGGCACGCACACUCAGUGCAGUGCGCUGCGAAUAUUAAUGAAGCCAGGGAUAGCCGGCUCUUUUCCUGGUGAUGUACGGAAUUGGUGGAGAAUUCGGCAACGCGCCUAGCAUGACUCGGCUAGGGAGUGUUGAUGGCUUGGCAGGUUAGGGAGCACUUACGGAGCUGCCGUUAUGUCAAGGAAUAAGAAAUGCAUCAUGAACCCGGUGGUGGCGAGCCCUGAACGAACAGGAGCAUGGCUGGCCGCCGCUAUGAGGGAACUCCCGAGGAACUCAAUCCGCAACUAACACAGCAAGCGAGAGUCGUUCACGAGCAUGGUCAUGCUCUGCCUGAGUAGCGGUAUCCAGUGAUUAUAAUUGAAGCGUUAGCGUACGGUUGCAAGGAGUGGACGGUCAAGGCCUUGGGAAUUCGAUGCACUGUGUGGUCACGUGUGUGUGGUUGCAAAUGCCCACCGUCGCGAGCGGACCGUCAUUGUCCGGCCGGCCAGGGGCAUCUUACAUGCAUAACGAGACGAACUGCUUAGGCAUCCAAGGCGUAGACCUUCGAAAUGGGUCACCCCUGUGUCGCAUGAGUGGGUACCCACACGUGGUACCCACACCACUGACGAUUUAACAACAAUGAGUGU